AUUGUUCUGAUCAAUUCAUAAAGUUUCAAUUAGAUUGCAUAAAUGUUCAGUUUGUGUGAUCUCAGUUUCCACUUCCACAUACGACUAACGGCUCUUUUCUGCAAUUAUGACAGUCAACCUUUGACCCUUUAUGGGGUCAAAAGUCAUCAGUUCGAAACCAGAACUUUACACGGUUCUGGUUCUGAACUCCAGGUGAUCAGAACCAGAACCCCUGAGCCGUGACGUCUCUGCAUUCGGCCAGCAGGGGGAGCUGUUACGUCACUUAUUGAAUCUGCCUGCAUUUAUCACGUGACCGUUUCAGAGCUACACCUCUCCAGCAGGUCCGAUUCGGUCCGGACAGACGGAGCCGCAGCAGCAGAACUUUAGUCCUUCAUCAUGAGGGUUUUCCUCCUCUCUCUGCUGGUCCGGUUCGGUUGCGGCGCUCAGCUCCGGUCGGAGAUGUACGGCAGCCUGGAGUCUCCAAACUUUCCUGACCCGUAUCCCACAGACACCAGGCGGAACUGGACCAUCAGCGUUCCGGACGGAUUCCGGAUCACAUUGUUCUUCAGACACUUUGACCUGGAGCCGUCCUACCUGUGCGAGUACGACUUCGUCAAGGUGGAGGCGGACGGAGAGGCGCUGGCUUUGUUCUGUGGGAAGGAGGAGACGGACACCGAGGCGGUACCGGCCCAGCGGGUCAUCACCUCCCCCAGAAACACCCUCAGCAUCCAGUUUGUGUCGGACUUCUCCAACGAGGAGCGGUUCUCUGGAUUCGUGGCUCAUUAUAGCGCAGUGGAUAUAGACGAGUGCAGCGAACCCGGAGACGAGGAUCCGCUCUGCGAUCAUUUCUGCCACAAUUUCAUCGGGGGAUACUACUGCUCCUGUCGCUAUGGUUACCAGCUGCACACAGACAACCACACCUGCAGAGUGGACUGCAGCGGUGUUGUGUUCAGGGAACGCUCCGGCGUUCUGAGCAGCGUUAACUUUCCGGCUCCGUAUCCGAAGAGCUCUGACUGCUGGUACCGCAUCGAGCUGGAGGCCGGGUUCAGGGUCCAGAUGAACUUUGACCCCCGCUUUGACGUGGAGAGCCACCCAGACAUCAGCUGCCCCUACGACCACCUGAAGAUCCAAGCAGGAAGCAGAGAGUUCGGCCCGUUCUGUGGCGAUCGUUCUCCAGGAAUCAUCCGGACCGACAGCAACAUCGUCUCCAUCCAAUUCCACAGCGAUGAUUCUGGAGAAAACCUCGGCUGGAGGCUGAGCUACUCCGCCACAGGAAGUCAGUGUCCAGUACCUGAGGCUGCGCCCAAUGCAGUGAUGGUUCCGAUCCAAUCAGAAUACACCUUCAGGGACCAUGUGGUGUUCAGCUGUCAGCCGGGGUUCAUCCUGGUCCAGGACGGUGGGACGUCGGAUCGUCUCCAGCUGGAAUGCCAGGCUGACGGCUCAUGGAGCGGCCGUCCUCCUCACUGUGACAUGUUGGAUUGUGGGAUUCCUAAGAAGGUUGAUGGAGCUGUUGUGAUGUUUGGUCGCCAUGACAACAGCACGCUGUUUGGAGCGACGCUUCGUUACGUCUGCGUGGAGGACGGCGUCCAGCUGAGCAACACUUCGUUCAGGUGUGGCCCUGCAGGUGAGUGGGUGGAUGCUGACGGAGGAACUGAACUUCCUGUCUGUCUGCCAGCCUGCGGCCUGCCUUCUCGCCCUCUCCCCCACCAGGUGAAGCGGAUUGUGGGCGGUCGGAGCUCUGAGCCCGGUUUCUUCCCCUGGCAGGUUCUGCUCAGUGUGGAGGACCUGUCCCGGGUCCCUGAGGACCGCUGGUUUGGCUCCGGGGCCCUGCUGUCUCAGUCCUGGAUCCUGACCGCCGCCCACGUCUUGCGGUCCCAGAGGAGGGACGCCACCGUCAUCCCGGUGGUCCCGCAUCACGUGAAGGUGUUCCUCGGGCUCCACAACCUCAGAGACAAACAGACGUCCACCGGUCGCUCCGUCGAUCAGAUUGUCCUCCAUCCAGACUUUCAGCCCGACAACUACAACAACGACAUCGCCCUGCUGAGACUGAGCGAGGCGGCGGAGUUUAACCGGCUGGUCCGGCCCGUCUGUCUGCCACCGGCUCACCGACAGGACCGUCCGUCCUCCCUCCUCCCCAACUCUCUGGGUCUAGUUGCUGGUUGGGGGAUCUCCAACGCUUCCUCCAACUCGUCCCCACUGACCUCUGACCUCUUGCAGUACGUGAAGCUGCCAGUGGUCCCUCAGGAUGAAUGCCAGGCCAGCUACGCUUCCCGCUCCGUCCGCUACAACAUCACAGACAACAUGUUUUGCGCGGGUUUCUUCCAGGGCGGGCGGGACACCUGCCUGGGGGACAGCGGGGGGGCAUUCGUGAUGCAGGCGGGGCGGAGGUGGGCCGUGUUCGGCCUGGUGUCCUGGGCCGGACCCGAGGACUGCGGCAGCCAGAGGGUGUACGGCGUCUACACCCGGGUGGAGAAAUACCUGGACUGGAUUCAGAGCCAUGUUCAGGCUGCCCCCUGGUGGUGAGGGAGAGACGCUGCGUCUCCCUGCAGAGACCUGCUGCUCUGCAACACGCAGAAUCUGAUCAGUUGGUCGAUUUGUCAGGAAUUUUCAUGGAUGGUUGAAAGUUCAGACUGUAAAACGAUGACUGUGGUUUUACCUUCAGGUUUCACCAUGUGAGCUCUUUAAUCUGCAUCAAAUCAAUUUAACUGCAUGUUUAAUUCAGAGUAGCAUGUCGAACUUUCUCCACUUCUUUCAGAAAUGCCAGACUAUUAUUUAAAUUUAUCAGUACGCUGCAAAAUAACAAAACCUUACUCAAUAUCUUAAUGUAGUUUCUUGUCCAAAUAUUUUGAAUAAGACAAAAUGAACGUACAAAUAAAGUCAAUUAUUCUUAAGUAUUGAUAAAAACUAAUAGUUCUAAUAGGCAGAUUAUUUCAGUUAAGACAUUUUUCCCACAUUAUAAAUCACAUAAUCUCCCUGGGAACUAGUACUUUUAACACCCAUCCAUCCAUUUUCUGUACACUCUUGACCCUUGUAGGGUCAGGAGGUGCUGGUGCCUCUCCAGAUAACGUUCUGGGCGAGAGGCGGGGUCACCUGGACAGAUCGCCAGUCUGUCGCAGGACACACAACACACCUAGGGAGUUUAGAGGCCAAUUAACCUGAUAGUCAUGUUUUUGUCAUGUGCAGCCUGUAUUUUUAACAAUAUUAACAUCAUUGACUCACACAAGCUCUUAUAUUUUGCUGAAAAGUUACUUGUAAGUUAGUUUUGUUGUAUUUCAAGCAUAUAUGUUACUUAUUGGGUACUGUUGGUCAUCCUAUUGGUUAUUAACAGGUGAAGCAGAAAGUAAACAUCACUUUAAUGGGAAACUGAUUCCAUCAGAAACAUUCAUCUGAUUCUAAGGAUAAAUUAAAAUAUUUUAUCCUUUAGUUGUUUUAGUGAAAUAAUCUUCCUCCUGGUUCUCCAAACUGAGCAUGCUCAGACUGCUGUAAGACCACAAAGACUUUACACCGGGUUAUUUUUGACUGCUAAGAAAUACACUCCUUAAACAGUAAAGACUCUUUAUCAUUCAGAUGAAGAUGGAUCAGACGAACGGAACAAGAUCCAGAUCAAACAUUACAGCCAAAAAUAAAACUUUAACUUCCUGUUGUCAGAAAAACGUCUGAUCAAAUAUCUCAUCUCAUUAGAAUUUCUUUAAUCAUCACGUUGCAUUAACUGCACUCCUGAAUAUAUAUCAUUCAUACUGUGCACUGUUUUAUGUUUGUACAAUAUUAUCUGGAUCGAAAUAAACUAUUUUAAAUCAAUAGGAAAUAAGUAUUUAAAAGUCUAUUCUUUGGGUGGGAGGACAUUAGAACUGGGUGAUGUUCUCUAUCUUCCUGGUUUUAGUCAGAAAGUCAGGUUUGUCAGCAGAACAUCCACUGAGCUGGACUCUGUAGCCUCAGUCAGGAUCUCCUUGUUGUGGAAGUCCAGAGGAAGUCGACUCUCAUCCAAGCCAUCAAAGAUGAACAGAA